UCGGCCGUGCCGGCGCUGCCGCUGAGCGUAGCGGUGCUUCCUCUUUCCCGUCCCUCGCCGGGGCCGGCGCCAUGGCCGGGGGCGCCAGGCCUGCCGCUCCCUGACACCCGCCCGCCCGCGGAGGCUGCUCCGUGCGGGACUCCGGCAGCGGAAGGGAAGGGAAGAACUGCCCGUGCCCCGAGCGGAGCUGCCCGCUUCUCACGGAGCCUGGCAAGGAAGGGCUGCAGCAGGAGCGUCUUGUCUUGGCGUUUCGUGCUUCGUCAGCCCAGCAGUGUUUUGGCUUUGAUUCCGUCUUGCUCCUGCCUGUUCCUGGAGAAGAGGUACCCGCCAUGUCUCGCUACAGCCUCCACAACCUCCUGGACUGGAUGUAUGGCGGGGUGGACCCCAGCUUUGCCGGCAAUGGAGGGCCGGAAUGCGCCGCCUUUCUCUCCGGCCAGCAGCGCUUGCUGGAGAGUUUGGUCUUCCUCAGUGUGGGCACCGUGGAGAUCCUCGUGUCCCUGUGGAAGCUCAGGCAGCAGCAUGUCCAGGAGCUGGAGAAUCUGCUGCAGCAGCCCCAGACUAAGCAGGAGAGCCUGGGCAAGAACGUGCUGCUGGUGCUGCUCUGCCUCAUUUUUGGGCUGGAGGUGGGGUUCAAGUUUGCCACCAGGACUGUCAUUUACCUCCUGAAUCCCUGCCACGUGGUCACCAUGAUGCAGAUUUUUCUUCUUGCCUGUCCCCCAUGUCGGACUGCAAUGAUUCUCUUCAGGUUGCAGAUGCAUAUGCUGAAUGGGGCCCUCUUAGCAUUGCUGUUUCCUGUUGUUAAUACACGCCUGCUUCCAUUUGAAACAGAGAUUUAUUACAUCCAGCAUGUGAUGCUCUAUGUUGUGCCCAUCUAUCUGCUGCACAAAGGAGGUAUCUACACCCCUGAACCGCUCUGCAAUUUCUGGUGGGCUCUUUUAUCCACGGGGUUUAUGUUUGUCUAUCAUUUUAGCAUCUUGCAGAUCCUGGGAUUGGUUACAGAAGUGAAUUUGAACAACAUGUUGUGCCCAGCCAUCUCAGAUCCUUUUUAUGGGCCCUGGUACCGAAUCUGGGCAUCUGGACAUCAGACUGUCAUGACCAUGACUCAUGGGAAACUCAUAAUCCUGCUGUUUCACAGUGCUGUCCCCACCUUCAAAUGGAGCAUGGACUUGCUUAGACUCCCAGCUAAGAAAAUAGACUGAAAUUUCUCCCCACAGAGUAAUUCAUACAGGAAGCAGAGAUAUACUGGAAAACAAAGAGCGGGGGAUGAGAUGGCUUUAUACUUCUUCCCACAGUUUUUUGCCUCAAAAACACCUCUGUAAUGAAGUGAGGUUUUUUUACCUGCUGUUUCUCACUGCCUAUUGCCAAUGGCAAAAUUAGUGGCCUUAUUCUGGGGAAGGUUCAUGUUUUAUACAUUUUGUAUAGAUUACAGUAGAAUCUUGCUAAGCCACCAUUUAAAAUUAGGCCAGGACCUGUCCACAUUCCAGCAAAGAGAGUGGCAGUGCUACCUCAUUUUGACUCCUUUUCUAUUAAAGAAUUGUACACUUCUAGGAUAGGAAAUAAUACUGAAUUGUAGCACUCCACUGAUGUGAACCAACAUGCUGAACUGCAUCACCUGGCUUAACUCUUAAAGCUUGAAUGUUCAAAAUAGUCACAGGAAAUCAUGCACACUUAAUCUUCCAAUCAGAAGUGCAAAACAGUGAGGUUCUACUGUAUUUUCUUUAAGCUGGUUGAAAAUGUUGGGGAACAAUAGCUCAUUAAAAAAAAUUAAUCAACUACUUAAUUUCUAAGCUGCAGUUGAUAAGUACCUAUCUAAUGAAGUCCCAUCAUGAUUCUUUAGAGAUGCUUUUAUUUUGGUAAGGGAAAAAAGAAUGUUGAAAUAAUUUCUAAAGACCACGUUAUGUAUAGUCCAUGAUAAGAUAUUGCAUCCACUGUUCUGUCCUGACUUUGAAGAAAAUGGUUUUUUUCACUUUCCUUAGACUGGAGAAGGAGUGGAGAUACAAAGUCCAUUGUAAACA